AUGGUAUUACUUACUAUAGAACGAGCUCGAUACAUAAUAGAUGAAAUACGAGUGAAUAAUGGAGGGAUCACUGCAGAAGACCGGCGCAAUACUUCAGAAAAUGUACUCCGAGCACUGGAGAACCUCCGUCGACAGCUGGGUUCAUCUACCCGCGCACUUGCGCGAGACCUUUAUACAAGCGAGUCGAGAUUCGUUUAUGAGCUCAUUCAGAAUGCGGAGGACAAUUCCUAUAGUCCUGCACAAAAUGGUGAUUGUUAUAUCAAAUUCACUCUCACGCCCGAAAACCUUGUCGUGGAAAAUAACGAGCUCGGCUUCAACGAGGCAGACGUACUCUCAAUCUGCAAAGUCGGCGAUAGUACCAAAAGCAACCGAAUAGGUUUUAUUGGGGAGAAAGGAAUAGGAUUCAAGUCUGUCUUUCAGGUGGCUCAAAAAGUCCGAAUUCAGUCCGGUCCAUUCGAUUUCUAUUUUGAGCAUGUUCCAUCGGACACUGGAAUGGGCAUGAUAACUCCUAUAAAUGGAGAAGAAGAGACUGAAAUUUACAAAGAGGGAACUCGAAUGACUUUAACCCUUCUUCAACCUCAUGAUUUUAGCAAGAGAUCCACGGACCUUCUUGGUAUUCCAGACGCCCUUAUCCUCUUCCUCCCGAAGCUGCAACGAAUUGAGGUUUUGAUCCAGAGACAAAAUGGUGAUUUAUCUACAACGGUACACGAAAAGCAGGAUGAUGGCCAAAAUUCUACCGUGAGGCUUGUCAAACGAGUGGAUGAUACCGUUUCUGAGAAGUUCUUUCAUGUCGAAAGGAGAAUGUUUCGCGACCUUCCUUCAAAUGAUGCUCGGAAGAACAGAGACAGGGCGGAGGUCGUACUUGCCUUCCCAAUUGCCAGCAACUCAAAUCCGAUUGUUGAGCCACAGCUCACUUUUUCGUUUCUUCCUAUCCGGAACCUUGGGUUCAAAUUCCUCAUCCAGUCAGAUUUUAUUACUGCAGCUAGCCGACAAGACGUCCGUCAGUGCGACUGGAACGACGCUUUACUGCAGCAUGUAUCGGACGUCUUUGUCGAUGCAGUUAAUAAAUUCUGCUCUCGCCCCGUCCUUCAGUACGGUUGGCUUUCCUUCUUGCCUGGUACUAGCGUUCCUCAUGAGUUUUGGAAUGGUCUUCAUGGCAUUAUCAUCAACCAAUUGGCUCAGCAUCCCAUUCUUUUGACUCGCAGAGGGGUCAGCCAAUUACCUUCUCGGCUGCAGCGACUUUCCGAGAGACAUUGUGAUAAGGAUGGAGAACCAUUGUUCGAGGACCUCCAGCAGGAGGUUUACCUAUCAUCCGACUAUCGUCCUGAACACCACGAAUAUCUGCAACAAUUGGGUGUCACGCCUCUCUCGUGGAACAAUAUAAUUGCAAGAAUAACCCCCUAUUUGCAAGACGAAACCCCCCGAUUUCUUCAUCCGGACCGGGAUGAUGAUUGGCACACGAGAGUAGCGGACUUGUUGAUACGAGGGCUAAGGGAUAGAGACAUUGAAUCUAAAAUCAAAGAGUUACCCUUGAUACCCUUGCGAGAUGGUUCUAUUCAUCACAAUCGAUCCAAAACGAUCUAUUUCCCAACCGAUUCUUUGGGAAACCAUAUUCCAAUGGAUCUUGACCUACAAAUCGUGGAUGAUGAUGCACUUAAUAACAGCGCACGAAAGUUGCUAUACGAGAAGCUUGAAGUUCAAUAUUGUUCGCCUUCAUUUGUCGCAAGCCAGAUUGUCAAGAGAUACCACCCACCGCAGAGAAUCAAUCUCGCGGACUCCGUUUCUCACCUAAAAUACCUCUAUCAGACACUCCCCGAUGAUGAAGCACUAAACGACAGCAUCUUUAUGAUGAAUCAAAAUAAAGUGCCUAUAUACCGCAAAUUCGUAACUUUCGGAAGAUCUAUAAUUGUGGACGAUCUCUAUUUCGAUACAAAUGGGGACUUUGGCACAAGACAUUUAGCCCAGGAGCUCAAGUCUAAUGGAUCACCCGCCAUUCACAUUUUACAUGACGCUUACCUUGAAGCUAUUCCUUUGAAUGAAGAAAUCAAAGGCCGGUCAUGGAAGCAAUGGCUGGAAAAGAAAGCUCUAAUUCGCAAAGUACCCAGACUUCAACGCUCAUCUACAACCGGCAUUUCUCCUCUUUUUAGAGAAAUCAUUGCACGUCAACCCCGGCUUCUUGUUGGCCUUCUCAAGAGAUACUGGAGUACCUACAAGAGUCAAACAACCGACGCUAUUGAAGAGGCGAUUUGCAAUGCGGAGGUUCCAUGCAAUGGAACUGACGCUCUACACCCUCUCAAAGCUAUUUAUCUUCCUACACCGCAAUUGACGAGAAUAUGCCAGCAAUCCUGUGUCAGUGAUUAUUUUGAUCUUUUUGUUAACGUUGGUUUAUCUUCUGAGGAAUCUGAAACUGGACUUGCUGCAUGGGAAUUCCUCAAAGUAUUCGGCGUUGGAAUAAAGCCGGAUAUCAAUUUCUUCAGAGACAUUCUCUCUGCCUUGACUGAGAAUAUUUCUGGAUUGGAAUUGAAAAGGGGCCUUUUCUACGUAUAUGAACAGCUUUCCGAAGAGUUUUCCUCUGACGAUGUGGAUGAUAUCAGUGAAAUACUCGAUGACGAUGAUUUGACAGCCGUCUGUAUCCCAGCACGUACCAUUCAGACUACAACUCUACGCACCUGUCUUUGGAAUGGACUACCUGGCUUGCACGUUAGAGACUGCCUCUCACAGUAUGCCGAAUAUGCAGGAAAUACUCGCGUCAGCUUUCUCUUUCAAGAAAUUCUGAAACUGGAGGAUGCGGGCUAUUGGACGUAUUUAGAUGAGUUAACCCACCUUCAGAAGCGUAUUCCUGCUAGGCAGAUGAACUUUGAAAGUAUAUGCGCGAUAUACGCUGAGUUGUUGGUUACCACGGGGGAAGCCUGGGAGGACGUCCGAAAUGCAUUUGAGAAAGACAAACUUAUAUUCUUACCCGGCGAACCAACUUGGGUUGCAUCUAAAUCAUGCGUCUGGGCCGACGCUCCCAAUGUCGGCGGGCAAUAUGGGAUUGGGGCUGUAUAUCCCGACCUAACAGAUCUAUUCAGGGGAAAGCUGCACAUUCAAGCACCAACCAUUGCAACGUAUAUUGAGCAGUUACGGUUACUCACCGCUGAGGGCAAUCCCGGCAGGAUAGUCGAAAUCAAACGUACUAUCAACUGUAUUAAUGAUUUGAAACCAACAGCUGAUAGCUUAGAGGGGAUGAUGCAACUACCAUGUCUGCCUGUUCGCGUCCCAGGGUCCAACAUAACGUUGAUGAGCCCGUCUGAGGUUUUCUUCGUCGCAGACAGAAGAGAGUACAGGAAAUUGUUUGAAGGAAAGGUACCAAUCCUCGAAUGUUCGCUCGAAGAGAUACACGCCCUAUAUCCGUUCUUGAAUGCCUUGGGGCUCACAGAUAGAUAUAUGUCUGUGGCAGCACGAGAAACUACCAAGGUUCAACGGCCAUCAGAGACUCCAUCAAAGGAGCUUAGUCAGGCUUUUCGAGCAAAGUCCGAAGCUUUCUAUCGAUGCGCACUCCACUACCGAAGCACAAAAGUUCAACCCGAUGGUCAAGAGAUCUUCCACAAGCUUCGGCACGCGCUAGUCUAUGAAAGCGAUGGCUUCACAAAAGACCUUCAACUAUCCUAUGGGAACUUGACUGUAAAUGCUGCCAGUGACAGAGGCACAUUCCAUCUGGAAGAUAAAAACGGCAUAUUAAAUCUAUUUGUCCCAAGGAAUAAUGCGCAACGAGAGAAAUGCUACUUGACCCAAUUACCGAAUGAUCUGCAACAAUAUCUUCAACUUGAAGACAACGGCCCUGAGGCAUCGAAAGCUUUCUUGCUGGUUAUCCAUGCUUCUAUCCAUGUUCUAGACGACAUUCUAGACGAUAAUGGGAUAGUGCAGAUUUUGGACAAUGAUCUGACGGCUUAUGAGCAGGAAGAAGAGGGCAGCGAUGCUUUCGAUGUGGAAGAACAUAUCAAUCUUCCCACUGAGCAAUCCGACAGCCCCAGUUAUGAAGAACCAUUAUCAGAAGGACAAGCAGAUAUCGACAACCAUAUAUAUACGCCGUCUACUUCGGAAGAGGUUCACUCAGUCACAUCACAUUCUAGGUCGUCAACGCCGUAUAUAGCCGUGCAUCGAACAACCGAACAUAUCCAUCGACGUAGCCUGAACGCUGGCGUUGGAGACUUACCCCCAGCACCACUACCGGCAGAACAAUCACAAUACGUCUGGAUCCUCGACAAAGUCAUUGAAAUAGCCCAACGUACCAACAUACCGUCAAAACUUGCUGGACAAAGGGCUGCUGUCGCUGCUACAACCUACGGCUUGACUUCAGAAGAACAUACAUCAGCAUUUGGAUCCAGGUUUCAGAAUCAACAGGCACACGACGUCAGAAUCGGAGCGGCUGGUGAAUUAUUCGUCUUCGAACUCCUCAGCCACCUAAACCUCCCGGACUUCAGCCACGACAACUGGAAGAGCACGAUCCGGAAAGAAGUCACUGUUCACCAAGCAUACGCUGACCUCGAGCCAUGGACCGGAGCAGAAAUAGCAGAUAUAGUGUACCAUGAUUCUGCGAAGACACUGACACAGAUUCUGAUGGAUAACGGAUAUCUACCGAGACUCCCAUUGCUGUUUCAGAGACCGCGAUAUUUAAUAGAAGUGAAAUCUACGACGGGUGCUUGCGACAACGCAUUUUUCAUCAGCAAGAGUCAAUAUAGACUUAUGCAAGAACAUACAUUCGAUCCUCUAAAUAUUAAACCACCAGAAGUCAAUACCAUCUACAUGAUAUUCCGAGUCUACAACCUCGGAACGGACAAUAUGAGGCUACGCAUUUAUAUGAAUCCGGAUGUCUUGCGACGGCGGAACGUGUUGCGGUUUACGCCGGAAUCGUAUAGUGUCACUCAUGUCCAUGAUUCAGAAGAUAUGGAGUAA